AUGCGUCGACGUUCUCUUUAUUAUAUUACACAUGCCGUUGGUAAUAAAAUUCAAAUUACAACAGUUUUUAUAAUCUUUGAAUUAGCACUAUUGUUAUUUCGUUUCAUAGUAUCUUGUUUUCUUAUUAGUUGUAUGACAUUACUCGGACUUUUAUUAUCAUCGGAUAGUGGUAAUAAAAUACUCUUGCAGAUUACAACUCUUCUCACUGUUAUUAUGUUCAGUUUACUUCUAUCAGAAAUUAUGCCACCAAGUUCACAUGCUAUACCGAUUAUUACCGUUUAUUUCAUGUGUGUUAUGAUCAUGCCAGUGGUUUCAGUUAUUGCAUCAGUAUUAGUAUUAUUGCUUCAUUUUCGAAAUUCUAAAAAUUAUACAAUGCCAUUAUGGCCAAAAGAAUCUUUAGUCACUCGAUGGAAAUCGGAUCCAUUUGCACGUGGUUCUUAUUCAUAUGUUGCUGUUGGUGCCACAGGUGAUGAUUAUGAUAUAUUAGGUCGUCCAGUUGAAUAUCCUGGUGAUAAAAUUCCACGUGUAUAUUUUGCUGGUGAACAUACAAAUCGAAAUUAUCCAGCAACAGUUCAUGGUUCUUUAUUAAGUGGUUUACGUGAAGCUCGACGUAUAGCUGAUACUUUUCUUGGUUCGAUAUAUGAAAUUUCAGCACCUUAA